AUGACCAGACAACUGUUCCGUCAAUGGUUCUACUCGGAAUUUGUACCCGCAGUUCGGAAAUUUUCGACCGAUAAUGGGCUGGAACCAAAGGCAUUGCUGGUUCUUGACAAUUGCACCAGUCGUUAUGAUGUUGAUGAACUUCUACAAAGCGACGAUGGAUUUAUUCAAGUUAUUUACCUUCCGCCGAAUAAGAAUGCAGAAUGUCAGCCGAUGGAUCAAGCAGUGAUAAAUGCGAUCAAGCGAAAAUAUAAGAGAAAGUUGAUGCUUGCAUUGAUUCUCGAAAACGAUCACUUGAGCUUCGAAGAACGGUUGAAGAAGAUUACUCUUCAAACGUGCAUUUCAUGGUUGGCUACUUCUUGGGAGGAAAUCUCUGACAAAACCAUACGUAGUUCGUGGAAGAAGCUACUCGACGGUUUGUCAGUUGAUCUCGGUGAGGAAAAUUCGACAGCAGACGAUGACGAUUUUAAAGCACUUGUGUCAAAUAUCGAUAAUCUGGCUGGAACAAAAACAUCGAACCCGGAUAUUGAUCUGUGGAUCAAUGACGAGAUAUACGACGCAGACCUUAACCCAGAUUGGGUUACCAGUGAAGUGUUUACUGACGACGAAAUUGUGUCAUCGGUCCUCGAUAAAGAUCAAUCGUAA